CCGUCGUCGUCGCCGUCGUCGCUGCUGUCAUCGUCGACAGAGCAAAGCGAGCGAAAGAGCUGGUCUUCCUUCCGUUCCGCGCCACGCCGUGUCGUGCCGUGCCGUGCCGUGCCGUGUCGUGCUGUGCCGUGCAGUAUCGUGUCACGUAGCAAUUGCGACAGGUAGCGUUUUUUCGAUCGCGCGACGUCGUGAGACACGCGGCAGGCGAGAAAGAACGAGAGAGAGAGAGAGAGGAGUCUUCGUUCCGUGACUACCGUGAGGCAGAGAAACGCGAGAGAGCUCGCGAGCGGUAUACUCGGCGUUGAAGUAGCGCGAUAAUUCGCAAGUCUCGGACCACCGCUUUUCUCUUCCGCUUCCCUCGAUCCGUAUUUCGCCCGGCGCGAACAUGAAUGAGGAAUACGACGCGAUUGUCCUCGGCACCGGCCUGAAGGAAUGCAUCCUCUCGGGCAUGCUCUCCGUCAGCGGCAAACGGGUGCUGCACAUCGACCGCAACAAGUACUACGGCGGCGAGUCGGCCUCCAUCACGCCCCUCGAGGAUCUGUUCAGUAAAUUCAAGGCUCCAUCGCCGGACGAGAGCUAUGGCCGCGGUCGGGAUUGGAAUGUUGACUUGAUACCCAAAUUCUUGAUGGCAAAUGGUCUUCUCGUGAAGCUACUCAUUCAUACGGGAGUGACGCGUUACUUGGAGUUCAAGUCAGUGGAGGGCUCGUAUGUAUACAAGUCGGGCAAGAUCUCAAAGGUACCAAUCGACCAGCAGGAGGCCUUGUCUAGCGACUUGAUGGGUCUGUUCGAGAAACGGCGGUUCCGCAGCUUCCUUAUGUGGGUGCAGAACAUGCAGGAGGACGAUCCUAAGACGUGGGAUGGUUUUGACCCCUUCAGUAACAGUAUGAGUGCACUGUAUAGCAAGUUUAGUCUUGAUAAGAAUACGCAGGACUUUACUGGACACGCGUUAGCAUUAUACAGGGAUGACGACUAUAUAGGCCAAACUGCGAUAACCACUAUCAGAAGGAUUAAACUAUACAGUGACAGUUUAGCGCGGUACGGAAAAUCACCAUAUCUCUAUCCGAUGUAUGGUCUGGGUGAACUUCCUCAGGGAUUCGCUCGUCUUAGCGCUAUUUAUGGUGGCACAUACAUGCUGGACAAACCGAUUGACGAAAUCGUUAUCAAGGAUGGCAAGGUGGUCGGCGUCCGUUCCGGCGAUGAGGUAGCUCAAUGCAAACAAGUUUUUUGUGAUCCUACAUACGUAUCUGAUCGCGUGAAGAAGGUCGGUCAAGUGAUAAGAUGCAUAUGCUUAAUGGAUCAUCCUAUACCUAGCACAGCUGACGCAUUAUCCACACAAAUUAUCAUUCCUCAGAAGCAGGUCGGUCGUAAUUCUGACAUAUAUGUGUCUCUCGUGUCGCACACUCAUCAAGUUGCAGCAAAGGGCUGGUUCAUUGCCAUGGUUUCGACCACGGUGGAGACGAAGAAUCCUGAAGUUGAGAUUAAGCCUGGUCUGGACUUGCUCGGUCCGGUUAAGCAGAAAUUUAUUAGCAUCUCCGACUACAUGGUGCCGGUGGACGAUGGUCUCAACAGCCAAAUAUUUAUAUCCACCAGCUAUGAUGCUACCACACACUUUGAGACUACCUGCUUAGACGUGCUCGACAUAUUCAAGCGCGCCACCGGUGAGGAGUUUGAUUUUAACAAGGUCAAGCAAGAACUCGGCGACGAGGAUCAGUAACCGUAAUUAUGGAAUGCGCGCGAGCAUGUACACACGACAUUAUGGGGAAAUCAAAGCGCCCAGUGUAUUUGCGUAUUCGAGUAAAAAGGAAACAUCACUCGACGAUUGCCGACUGCGUCGGCAUGCGACAGUGUCUCAAGGCAGAUAUCAUGGAACAAGUCACGCUGCGAGCAGACCUGUGCCUAAUUAUGUAGAUUCUUUUUGAUAGAGGAUGAAAAACGGAAACAAAAAAGUUGACUAAAUUCUCUCUAUCAAAUUUCUCUCUCCGUUUCACUACCUUCCUAAUCUCGUUCUGCUGUUCCGACACAGUCCUAUCCGAAGCGCAUGAAUUUUCCACACUCACACGGAAAAGAAUUCUCGGACUCUAUUUCUACGAUUUCGAACACCGAAUUAUAUAAGGUUAGAUUCAAUUAAAUUUAUAUUUUACACGAAACAUGAAUCCAAUCUGCCAAUAUACAUUCGAAAGAGAAUAAAAAAAGGCAAAUAAAGAUAUUAAAACGUCCGUUAUAACGUGUAUACAAUACUUAUGUACCAUAUUUUAAUAUAUCGAAAUAAGUGAAACGUUUAUCGGCAGAUUAAAUUGUACAGAAAAACUACAGGUAUUGUAACAACAUGAUAAUAUUGCUACAAAGGCUGCAAUAUAUUGUUAACUAAUAAUUGAACUUUACAAUGUAAAUCUCAUAUCUCUGUUUAGAUUAGCACCGGUAAUUUCUAGAUAUAGAAAUAUUUCUGACAAGUCUCGGUUGUUGUGGAAAAGUUUAUCUAUAUUUGGAUGUUAAUUUUAGGUUGUCUAAGUUGCAUUUAUAGUUUCGAACAAAAUAAUCGAACAAUAAUAUAGUUUUAUACGAAUUGCUAAAUGACAGGCAUAGGUAUUCAUUGACUUUCCCUUGCUUAUUAAUCGUGUAGCAAAAAUAGGAGUAGCAAUAUAUAAUGCGUUAUUCGAUGUAUAUUCGCGUAUAUGAUUGUAACUAUGUUUCAUCUUCCAUAUCCGUUUUUCUCAUUAAAGAAACGCUCGUUUAGGAAACAAAUCGUAACUAUCGAUAGCACGAUUAGACAUCUUCAACUUCAACGUACGUUCAGAAACAAAAUUAGGAAUAGAGAAGUCGCAUGCUCAUGUACGCUUGAGACAAAAUUUAUGGUAAAUGGGGAGAAAAAAAUGAAAAAAAAAGAACGAACGAAGGUCGAUACCGAAAUAUUAAAAC